CUCCACUACUAAAAGACAGCAUAAGAUCACUUGUGAAAAUGAAGAGUGCGCUUACUUUUGAAACUGUAGCUAAAUGCUCAACGACAAAAGCUAGAGUAUCAGUAAUGACCUUACCUCAUGGUCCUGUUGAUACACCUGUAUUUAUGCCUGUUGGUACUCAAGGAACAAUGAAGGGCAUGUUGCCUGAUCAGCUUGAAGAGUUAAACUGUCAAAUAAUGUUAAACAAUACUUAUCAUUUGGGACUGAAACCUGGAAAAGAAACCUUGGACCUCAUAGGCGGUGCUCACAAAUUUCAGAGCUGGAAACGUAACUUAUUGACUGAUAGUGGUGGAUUUCAAAUGGUCUCUCUGUUAAAACUAGCUAAAAUCACAGAAGAAGGGGUCGAGUUUCAGUCUCCCCAUGACGGUUCAUUGAUGAUGUUGACACCAGAGCACUCUAUUGAACUUCAAAAUACCAUUGGAGCUGAUAUCAUGAUGCAAUUGGACGAUGUUAUUUCCUCUUUGACUACUGGACCUCGUGUUGAAGAGGCUAUGUGGAGAUCCAUUCGUUGGCUCGAUCGUUGUAUCGAGGCACACAAAAAACCCGACAGCCAAAACUUAUUUGCAAUCAUCCAGGGCGGUCUGGAUAUUAACUUGAGAAAGAAAUGCGUAGAAGAAAUGGUAAAGCGGGAUACACCCGGAUAUGCAGUAGGUGGUCUAAGUGGUGGUGAAGAGAAAGAUGUCUUUUGGAAGAUUGUCACACUUUGCACAGAUCUGCUACCAAAAAAUAAGCCAAUCUAUUGUAUGGGUGUUGGGUAUGCUGAAGAUUUGGUUGUAUGUGUUGCAUUGGGAGUAGAUAUGUUUGAUUGUGUCUUCCCUACUAGAACUGCUCGAUUUGGUAAUGCUUUGACAAUGAAAGGCACUCUUUCUCUUAAAUCAGGGAAGUAUGCUACUGAUUUUGGACCUAUUGAAGAAGGCUGCGAGUGUACCACCUGCAAGAAUUACACACGAUCUUAUUGUCAUCUAAACGUAAUCACAAAAGACACUGUAGGAUGCCAUCUUGUGUCUAUUCAUAAUAUUGCUUUCCAACUGAGGUUAAUGCGAGAAAUGAGAGAGGCCAUCAAGCAAGAUGAAUUUCCUGCAUGGAUCAAACAAUUCUUCCAUAAUUAUUUUGGUGACAAGUCAAAGUAUCCAAUCUGGGCUGUUAACGCAUUAAAGAGCGUUAACGUUGACUUGGUGUAAAUUAAUAAUAAAAAGCAAGAUUUUAUCUUUUGUAAUAUCCUUAAACUGUCUCUUAUUAUUAUCUCCUUAUACAGACAGUAGACCUUUUAGGGGGCAAAUUGACAGGUGCAUGAACAAGGAUGGCCAUCCAAUCGGAACCCACUCAUUGAAAAG